GACGUGGCUGAUUUCACAGAUCCCCGGCGUCAUCUUGAUUCUUCUUCUUAGGAAACAACGCUCCCAUCUCUACGCAACACAAAUCUAAAGUCUGCAACUUUUUCUUUGUGUUCUCGCCGGAAACUUUGGCCGGAGUUCUCGGCAUGGACGUGAUUUUCGCGACAGUUCCGACCGCGAUGUGCGUCUCUCCGCCCAUUUGUCGUCGGGGGUUUCGGUUUUGUGCGGAGCCCAGAUACCAUUUUCCGGGAAAAUCUCCGGUUUUCUCGCUUCAGGCGUCGAUUUCUUCUUUGGAGUGUAGUAAUCAGUUAUUCAGACAGCGACAUUGUAGCCGAAUUUCGAGUUUGUCCGUAAGAUGCUCUGCUUCUUCAGGGAAUGUUGAUUACAUGGAGGAACCGGCGACCAGCGUGAGGUUUCAGAGAUCGGUGACAUUACCGGGCUGUUCAUCUCCAUUGGCAUUGCUUGGCACUGGGUACAGGGAGAAAACCUUUGCCAUCAUCGGUGUCAAAGUCUAUGCCGCAGGAUUUUACGUGAACGAGUCUGUCCUAAGCGGGUUAAGUGCUUGGAAAGGGCGUUCCGCUUCUGAAAUCCAAAAAGAUUCAUCCGUGUUUAAUUCCAUUUUUCAGGCUGCAGGAGAGAAAUCGUUGCAGAUCGUUCUUGUGAGAGACGUCGAUGGUAAAACUUUCUGGGACGCUCUGGAUGAAGCCAUAACACCGAGGAUUAAAUCUCCCACGCCCGAUGAUAAAUCCGCUCUUUCCGCAUUCAGUAGCGUCUUCCAAGGAAGACCUCUCAAGAAAGGAACGCUGAUAUUCUUGACUUGGACCCAACCGUCUAAAAUGCUCGUUUCAGUCUCGGCAAAUGGGUUGCCAUCACAUGUGGAUGCCGAGAUCGAGUCGGGAAAUGUUGCAUCCGCUCUGUUCGACGUGUUCUUCGGGGAUGUUCCUGUUUCUCCUACCUUAAAGUCUUCAGUUUCCGACCAACUCUGCAAGUAGUAGGAAACCAUAUUGUCCGAAAUAUCUACAAUUUUGUGUUUGUAUUGGUACCUUCGAAAUGGUUGAGAAAGCAUGCACAAGACAACACUCUUGGGACUGACACGUGUCAUCGGCUACCAAAAUCUCGGGAUAUCCGAUUCCGAAUCCGUCUCGCGGGUUUUGAGAAUCGGAACUUUGUGCCAUUCA